AUGGAGUUUGAAAGUGCAAGAAAGUUGUGUCUGAUUGUUGUGGAUGAGUUGGUGCUGAAACACACGAGGCUGCUAUAUGAAAGGUAUAUGGAGAAUGAACGACAACUUGAGGCAUUGAUUGACAGAAAAUUACGAGAAGAAGAAACAAGAGAUGGUAUGGAGGAGGUAAUCAAUGGAGAUACAGAAGAUCAAGGGCUCAAUUCAGAAAAUCUUGAUAAUACAAACGAAUCAAUCCUUCGUCAACACCGAUUGGAUGUGUCUCAAUCUGUCCAGGAUACAGUAGGACUUCUUGAGACCGGUGAUAGCAUAAAAAUGUCUACGUCUUCAGGGGGAGCGUUUCUUCGGCCACCAGGGAGAGUCAGCUGUGCGGGAGUAUAUGGUGCUGGAAGCGGGUUCGGCCGUGUAGGAGACACAAUGGUGAUGUGUUUCUGCAGUGGGAAUGGUGACGAUAUUGUGAAAAUGGCACUUGCAAGUCAUAUCAGUGACCGGCUAGCACGCAUUGUCAAUGAAGAAUGGACCGAAUUGGGGCCCACUUUAGUCGACAUUGUCCGAGAAAGAAGCACUAUCUGUCAACUUCAAGCCGUUGACGAGAAUCUCAACUCGAUAGUCUACGUGGGAGUGGUAGCCGUAGUGAAACAGCACAACAAGCUCAGAGUUGUGUAUUGCCAUAGCACCGAGACAUUUUACUUUGGGUUUCGAGGACAAACUGGCACGGAGAUUGUCCUCAGUAAGCACAACAAGCCAGGUACAUUUGUAUGUGGAGAGUACAGGGCAUGA